GUCCAUGGCACAGUUCAAAUGCUAAAAAAAAAACUUUUGGUGCUCAAAAACCCUAAACGCCGCUCAAUCUGACUGCUCACCUUCUCCCGCCAACUUCCCCCCCGACAGCAUUCGACUCACCGCUGAUCCUGAGAGCGCCAAAACCACAACUCGCAGGACAGGAAGACACCCAGUAGCUGGAGCUGAAGCAGAGCUCCAAUUGGUUCGAGCUGAUUGAGAUUUGGACUGCUGUCGCGUGCAUGGAGUCAGCAGUUGAUCAGGACCAGCAAUGGCUCCUCAAUUGCCUGUCUGCAACUCUCGACCCAAGCCACGAUGUCCGCUCCUUCGCGGAAGCCUCACUCCAUCAAGCUUCCCUGCAACCCGGUUUUGGAAGCGCAUUGUCUAAGGUUGCUGCAAACAGGGAGCUCCCAUUGGGACUGCGCCAGCUAGCUGCGGUUCUUCUAAAGCAGUUCAUCAAGAAACACUGGCAAGAAGGAGAGGACUCUUUUGAGCCUCCCGCUGUUUCAAUUGAUGAAAAGGCAGUUAUUCGCAAGUUUCUUUUGCUGUCGCUGGAUGACUCCCAUCGAAAAAUAUGCACCGCCAUUAGUGUAGCUGUAGCAGCAAUUGCGUCACAUGAUUGGCCUGAAGAUUGGCCUGAUUUAUUGCCACACCUUCUGAAGUUGAUCAAAGAUCCAACUAAUAUGAAUGGCGUUCAGGGGGCUUUAAAAUGCCUGUCACUUUUGUCCAGUGAUCUUGAUGAUGCAACGGUCCCGCAAUUAGUGACUGUUCUGUUCCCUUGCUUGCAUGAGAUUGUAUCUUCUCCUCAGAUCUAUGACAAAUAUCUGAGAGCUAAAGCGCUUUCUAUUGUUUAUUCUUGCAUCUCUCUUCUAGGGGCGGUUAGUGGUGUAUUCAAGAGUCAAACAAGUGGAAUGGUCAAGUCAAUUCUUAACCCAUGGAUAAACGAGUUCACUGCUAUCUUAAAGGAACCAGUACCCUCAGAAGACCCUGAUGAUUGGAGUGUCAGAAUGGAGGUAAUAAAAUGUUUAAAUCAGCUUAUUCAGAACUUUUCCAGCCUUAUUCAGGGUGACCUUACCGUUAUCAUGGGCCCGUUUUGGCAAACAUUUGUCUCAUCUCUUGGGGUUUACGUUCGAUCAUCAGUGGAAGGUGUUGAGGAUUCUUAUGAGGAACAACGAUAUGACUCUGAUGGUGCAGAGAUGGGCCUUGAGUCUUUUGUCAUUCAGAUGUUUGAGUUUUUGUUGGCUGUUGUGGGCAACUCAAAGCUGGUCAAGGUUAUAAUGAAUCAUUUGAAGGAGUUGGUAUAUUACUCCAUUGCUUUUCUACAGAUGACUGAGCAACAGGCUCAUACCUGGGCGGUGAAUGCCAACGAAUUUGUUGCAAACGAGGAUGAUCUUACCUAUAGUUGCCGUGUCUCUGGUGCACUUUUAUUGGAAGAGUUGGUUAGUUCCUGCGGCGAGGAGGGAAUAAUUGCAAUUGUUGAGGCAGCUGAAAGACGAAUUGCGGAGUCUCAACAGGAAAAGGGUGCUGACUCUGCUGUUUGGUGGAGAAUGAGGGAGGCUGCUCUGUUUGCUCUAUCUUCUGUUUCAGAACACUUGCUUGAAGAUGAGGUUUCUGGGGGCAAGGUAGGAAAAUUGAUAGAGCAAAUGGUCACAGAGGAUAUAAAAACAGGAGUACAUGAAUAUCCUUUUCUCUAUGCGCGCAUGUUUUCAUCAGUUGGGAAGUUUUCUUCUGUGAUCAGCCAUGAAGUUCGGGAUAACUUUCUCUAUGCAGCUAUCAAGGCAAUUAGCUCAGAUGUGCCUGUACCAGUCAAAGUUGGAGCAUGCCAAGCCCUUUCUCAGCUCCUUCCUGAUGCAAAUGAAGGGACUAUCAUGCCUCAUAUAGUAGGAUUGUUUUCCUCACUAAGAGGUCUUCUAAGUCAGGCAUCUGAUGAGACAUUGCACAUGGUACUCGAAACAAUGCAUGCAGCGGUUACAGCAGGCUGCAAAGCAUCAGCAGCAAUAGAGCCUAUUGUUUCUCCUGUAAUUUUGAACACAUGGGCAUCUCAUGUUUCUGAUCCAUUUGUCAGUAGUGAUGUGAUCGAGAUUCUUGAGGCAAUUAAAAAUGCUCCUGGUUGUAUCCACCCUUUGGUAUCGCGAAUUCUGCCUUUUGUUGGACCAAUUGUAAAUAAGCCCCAGGAGCAGCCUGAUGGAUUAGUGGCUGGAUCUUUGGAUCUAUUAACCAUGCUCCUAAAGAAUGCUCCCAUUGAUGUCGUGAAAACAAUACAUGGAAUCUGUUUCAACGCGGUCAUUCAUAUAUCACUAAAAAGUGAAGACCACGCUGAACUUCAGAAUGCAACGGAAUGUUUAGCAGCUUUUGUAGCUGGAGGAAGGCAAGAAAUACUUGCUUGGGGUGGUGAUUCUGGAUCUACAAUGCAAUGCUUGCUAGAUGUAGCAUCCAGGCUUCUGGAUCCAUCUCUGGAAAGUUCGGGAUCAUUCUUUGUUGGGACCUACAUUCUGCAGCUUAUCCUUCAUCUGCCAUCACAGAUGGCCCAGCAUAUCUGGGAUCUAGCCGCUGCUCUUGUUAGGCGCAUGCAGUCUGCUCAAAUAUCUGAACUGAGAAGUUCACUGCUUCUAAUUUUUGCCCGAUUGGUUCAUAUGAGUUUACCGAAUGUGGAUCAAUUUAUCAACUUGCUGAUAAAUGUCCCAGCUGAAGGUUCCGAGAAUGCCUUUGUUUAUGUGAUGUCAGAAUGGACUAAGCAGCAAGGGGAAAUUCAGGGAUCGUAUCAAAUUAAAGUCACGACGACAGCUUUGGCUUUUCUGCUGUCUACAAAGCACCCCGAGCUGGACAAAAUUAAUGUCCAAGGCCACCUAAUUGAUUCUGCCUCCGGAAUAACAACUCGCUCAAAGGCCAAAUUGGCUCCAGAUCGGUGGACGGUGAUGCCACUACCUAAAAAGAUACUGGCUUUGCUUGCUGAUGCAUUGAUCGAGAUUCAAGAGCAAGUUCCUGGUGGUGAUAAUGAGGACUCGGAUUGGGAAGAGAUUGAGGCGGUGGAUACUGAGAAAGAAGUUGAUUUUCUAUAUUCAACUGGUGCCAUGCCAUCUGGCAGAGCAAGAUAUGAUCAUCUUGAGGCAAUGGCAAAAGCAUUUGAUCGGGAUGAUGGAGACGAAGACAAUCUCUUUAGCGUCUCUGCAGACCCUAUCAAUGAGAUUAAUCUGUCAAAUUACCUCAUCGACUUCCUUGUGAAGUUCUCCCAGAGCAAUAGAGAUCUGUUUCACUGGCUCCUCCAGGAUCUUACGCACGCUCAAAGAAACGCAAUUCAGGCGAUAUUGAGUUGAUGACCAGUUUUCAUUCUUCAUUGUGGAAGCAGGAAAUAUCAGGACCUGAGAGCAAGAGGUUGUAUAUUUGAGGAAUUUUCUUUUCAAUGUGCACUACCCCUCGGCUUUUAAAAAACAUCGAUGUGGAUGCUGUUUGGGUUAAUGAGUAUUGAAAAUUGGUUUUCAUCUUCC